AUGCAGUUCUUCACCAAAGAUGGGAUGUCCGCCAUUUCGCAGGCUUUCGAGCGCUACCCAAGGGCGUUGACGGCUGCUGCUGCGGUCCUUGUUAUCGUUGGCGCACCAGCUGCUUUCCUCCUAUAUCACCACGACCGGCUGGGCCGCAAAGUCCGUCAUUCCACAAUAAGAGGAUCGCUGGCAGACACGCCGCUUCAAGAUAUCAAGUCGAUGCCGGAAUCUGCCCUGAACAAGGAUGCUGCUAGCAAAACUCGCGCCCUUUACGAUGUGGCUUCACUCUCUACCUUGAGUAUUAAUAUAUCCCCAGCGCUCAGCGAGGAUGAGAUACUUACCCGGUAUCUACGACGAAAUAUGACGGCCUUCUCGCGCUUUCCACAGGCCUAUGCUUUAAGCCUCAAUUGUGACCAGCACGCCCGCAAGACCUUCAAAGCAUCUCACAUUCAGAGGCUUAAUUUCGAACCCGGUGAUGUUGUCUGUGCCGCAUACACCGUCGUGUUCCGGGAGCAAAACAGGGUCGAAUUUGCGAUGGAACUUAACCAGAUCCGCGGCCGGCUGGUGACCACAUUUGAAAGAAACGGCGGCCAAAUCACCUUCAAGACGCAGACGGCGAUGUGGCAAUCCAGUGAUCUGAAAGCUCCGAUGCCCCUGGAAACCCCGAUCCUGAAGUUUGCUCAUGAGCUCACAUCUUGGUGGAUGCUGGAGGCCGGUAUCUUGUAUCUCACAGACUACACUUCUAUCUAA